AAUUGCUCACUCAUAAUUCACUCCUCUCGGUAAACCAAACUCAAAACACCAUCACCAUUGUCAGCAGUCUCUCGACUACAACUUGAUUCGAUUUCAGCCAAUUGUCCAAAGACGAAGGAAGUAACCCCAAUCAUGACCGUCGUCCACGUUGUGCAGUUCCAGUUCAAGGAGCUCAUCCCAACAGAGGAGGUCAAGUCGAUAUGCGACUCGAUGCUGGCGCUCCGGGACAACUGCAUCCACCCGACGUCCAACAAGGCGUACGUCAAGUCCAUCGCGGGCGGGCUGGACAACAGCCCCGAGGGCAUCCAGGGCGGCAUCACGCACGUCUUCGUCGUCGAGUUUGAGAGCGCUGCGGACCGCGACUACUACGUGCACAAGGACCCGGCGCACCUGGCGUUUAUCGAGGAGGCGGGGCCGGCGAUCCUCAAGGCGCGGGUUGUUGACUUUACGCCGGGGGUAUUUUGAGGGAGCUUGUUUUGUGGCGGGUGAUGGAUGGGAUGUAUGUACUCUGUAGCUGUAUGUCUAUUUUGUAUGUCUCCAUGUGUGUCUGGCUCGGGUUGGUGAGACCGACUCCUGGGGUCCUGAUGA